AUGGCAACUACAUUGACGUCGAGAGAUGAGCCCAAAGCCGCAGAAUACGCCGGAGAUGAAGUGUCUGCCUUGGUGCUUGACCCAGGCUACUCCAGUGUGCGGGCGGGCUUUGCGGGCGAAGAUACUCCCAAGUCGAUUGUUCCUACAUUCUACGCUUCGACCGGUUCAAAACGAUUCUUUGGUGACCAUGUGAUCGAUGUGCCUCGUGAAGAUGUCGACAUCAAAAAUCCCAUGGGAAGAGAUGGCAUCGUGGAAGACUGGGACGCAGCCGAAGCUCUCUGGAAGUUUUCCUUUGCGCACAAACUGACAGGCGUCCGACCGAACAGGGCGCUCCAAGAGUGGCUCAACGACCCCCAGGCCGUACCCGACCUUCAAAAGGCAAUGGCCGAGGCGGUCGAUACCGAACGGUGCCUUGAAGAUCACCCUCUCUUCAUGACGGAACCAUCAUGGAACCCUACAAAGGCGCGAGAAAAGUGCGUGGAGAUUGCGUUGGAAUCAUGGGCGGCGCCGGCAUUCUACCUUGGAAGAGCUGGAGUCAUGAGCGCGGCCGCGGCAGGCAGGCCUACAGCGCUAGUGCUGGAUUUUGGCGCGUCCCAAGUGUCGGUUACACCAGUGCACGAUGGCAUGAUUUUGAAGAAGGGCAUCAUGCGGUCAAACAUCGGAGGAAACUUCCUAUCUUCGCAGGUACGCAACAUGCUUGAAGCCAACGAGCCAGACCCGAUAACCAUUACACCCCAUUAUCUCGUUCAGUCGAAACAGCCGGUGGAUGCAGGACAGCCGGCAAAUGCGGUGUUGAAGCAGUUCCCAAAAGGGUUCCAGCCGCCGCGACCGUCGUUCCGACGCUAUCAGGAAGAGAAAGUGAUACUCGAAUUUAAGGAGAUCGCCCUCCAGGCAUGGACAAAUCCCAAUACGCCGUUUCGGGGACAGGGCGAACUGAUAGCGCGGGAGCAACAAUACGCCCAUCCGUUUGAGUUUCCAGACGGGUAUAAUCAGACAUUUUCAUCCGAACGGUUCAGACUGGUGGAGUCGAUAUUCGACCCGCAGUGCUACUAUGCGCCCGUAUCCGAGUCUGAGGAAGCUCAGCUGUAUCCGGCCCCCGACGCACAGGGCACAGUGACUGGAUUGGUCAAGGCCAGCCUUAACCAAGUGGACGUGGACAUCCGACCGUUUUUGCUCGGCAAUGUGGUCGUGACAGGUGCAGGAUCGCUCAUCCGCGGGCUGCCAGACCGGAUUCAACAGGAGCUGAGCAAGCAAUAUCCCAACACACGAGUGCGAAUUCAAGCGUCGGGAAUGCCAGUGGAGCGCAAGUUUGGCAGCUGGAUUGGCGGGAGCAUCGUGGCGAGCCUGGGAACAUUCCAUCAGAUGUGGAUAUCUAAGAAGGAGUACGAAGAACAUGGGGCCAGCAUUGUGGAAAAGCGCUGCAAGUAA